GCAUGCUCCCGCUCUGCCCGAUCAGCACGGAAACAGACAACAGGAAGCUUCACUGAAAAUCACCAAAACAGGUGACAUGGGGAGGUGACCUGUCCCUAUAAGUGAGUGGACGGCAGGGCGUUGCCGCCAUGACGGAGUGCUUCCUGCCUCCGAGUAGCAGCCCUGGCGAGCAGCGGCGGGCCGAGCAUCCAGGGGGCGUGGCCCGCACGCCCAGCUUCGAGGAGAUCAGUCCCACCAAGUUCCCCGGCCUGUACCGUACUGGGGAGCCUUCGCCCCCUCACGACGGGCACCACCACGAGCCGCCCGACGCCACGUCGGAUGACGACAAGGAGCACAGCAAGAAGAAAAACAAGUUCAAAAAGAAGGAGAAGAGAACUGAGGGCUACGCUGCCUUUCAGGAAGACAGCUCGGCAGACGAGGCCGAGAGCCCCUCCAAAAUGAAGCGCUCCAAGGGUAUUCACGUCUUCAAGAAGCCCAGCUUUUCCAAGAAGAAGGAGAAGGACUUCAAGGUGAAGGAGAAGCCCAAGGAAGACAAGGCUAAGGACAAGAAGUCUAAGGACCUGACAGCUGCUGAUGUGGUCAAGCAGUGGAAGGAGAAGAAGAAAAAGAAGAAGCCCAGUGCCGAGCCAGAGCUGGCACCCCCUGAAACACCAUCGCUGCGGCCAAUUUUUGGGGCACCACUGGAUGAAGCGGUGAAACGGACGGCGCUCUACGAUGGCAUCCAGCUACCUGCUAUCUUCAGGGAGUGUGUGACCUACAUUGAGAACUAUGGCAUGAAGUGUGAGGGUAUCUACCGCGUCUCAGGAAUGAAGUCGAAGGUGGAUGAGCUGAAGGCGGCCUACGACCGGGAGGAGCCUCCCUGCCUGGAGGAGUAUGACCCCCACACUGUGGCCAGCCUGCUGAAACAGUACCUACGUGAGCUGCCCGACAGCCUUCUGGGCCGUGACCUAGCAGCACGUCUGGAAGAGGCCUGUGGGCGCCCCUCUGAAGCCGAGAAGGUGCAGGAGUUUCAGCGUCUUCUGGUCGAGGCACCUGCCUGUGGCCGCCUGCUGCUGUCUUGGCUUAUCACCCAUAUGGACCACGUCAUCAGCAGGGAGGCGGACACCAAGAUGAACAUCCAGAACAUCUCCAUUGUGCUUAACCCUACUGUGCAGAUUGGGAACCGCGUGCUUUACGUUUUCUUCACACAUGUACGAGAGCUUUUUGGGGACGUGGUGCUGAAGCCGGCUAUCCGGCCUCUACGCUGGUCCAACAUGGCUACCAUGCCUGCCCUGCCCGAGACCCAGGAGAGCAUCAAGGAGGAGAUCCGCAGACAGGAGUUCCUGCUGAACUGCCUGCACCGGGACCUGCAAGCGGGGGUAAAGGACCUCUCUAAAGAGGAACGGCUCUGGGAGGUGCAGCGCAUUCUGACAGCACUGAAACGCAAGCUGCGCGAAGCCAAACGGCAGGAGUGCGAGACUAAGAUCGCCCAAGAGAUCGCCAGCCUCUCCAAGGAAGACGUGUCUAAGGAGGAGAUGACAGAGAAUGAGGAAGAAGUCAUCAACAUCCUUCUUGCACAGGAGAAUGAGAUCCUGACCGAACAGGAGGAGCUCAUCUCUCUGGAGCAGGUGCUGCGUCGGCAGAUUGCAACAGAGAAGGAAGAGGUGGAGCGGCUGCGGGCAGAGAUCGCUGACAUUCAGAGCCGGCAGCAGGGCCGCAGUGAGACAGAGGAGUAUUCCUCGGAAAGCGAGAGUGAAAGUGAGGAUGAGGAGGAGCUGCAGAUCAUCCUGGAGGACCUUCAGAGACAGAAUGAGGAGUUAGAGAACAAGAACACACACCUGAAUCAGGCCAUUCAUGAGGAGCAGGAGGCCAUCAUUGAGCUGCGUGUGCAGCUGCGUCUCCUGCAGACACAAAAGCUGCAGCAGGAGCAGGGGACCCCGUCGGCGCAGCAGUUGCAGCCGGCGCAGCCCAGCCCCGAGGCCCGGGCAGAGGAACCGGCCAAGCGCGGCGUCACACAGGUCCCCCCCGCCGACUCACCGGCUCCUAGCAAGGAAGCUCUGAAGCCCUCACCCAGCAAAGACCGCUGGGAGACUGACCUAUGAGUCCCUGCUGCCAUCCUCCCUGUCCUCCUUCACGGGCGCUGCUGUCUGCAGCCUGUGCCCGCUCAGGGAGGGGGGCCCUUCCUGGAAACAUGCACGUGUGCCGUACACCACAGGAGAGUCGGUGGGGCAGUAAGCCAGGAAAAAUGGCACUACAAGGACACAUCGAGCGUGGUGAAAAUGGUAACCCCUUCCGCUCAUUCCUCUCUCGGAACAGGAGCAGCAGCGGUGUGUUUCUUCUGCUGUUGUUGUGCAGGUGUAGUCCUUCAGCAAGAACCACCUGGCAGACUGACCAAAAAAAGUGAAGAAUUUAUAUCCUGUAUUACUUAAAUGUCUUCAAAAUACUGAAGGAAACUCAAAUAUUUCAAUUUAACUAAGAUUUAUUUACAUUAUAAUAUAUAUAUAUGCACACUUUUUUGUAUGGCUAGACAAAAUCAUCAAGUCAUGUUUAGUGUGUGUGUUUCUGCACUAUUCCCACACUCCUCAGCUCUUUUUAGAGGAAUAAUUAGUGUCAUUGACAUGGCAGCUUAUUUUUCCCAUAACUUUCAUUUACCCUUUUUUUCCCGUUUUUAAUGUUUUGACAUCCAUCAAAGAAUGUAUUUCCCAACAUUUUGUGUGUGUCUCUGGGGGUGAUUAUGACUCACCGAACUCCUGGCACAGUGUUGCACAUUUGUAAACAGCUGCAGCAGAAAUGCUCCACACGGCAGUGCAGAAGGCCCUUAGGUAGGGGACACGUCCAUUUCUGUGCGUGACGGUCUGGAGGUUGUUUGUAAAUACCUUUGCCCGCAAACUAAGGACACGGGAGGAGAGCCCUACAGUACAGACUUGUAGAAAAUGAAGACUUUCUUUAAGCAACGAUGUGAUGCAUUUGGUUGUUCGUUAGCUUUCCAUUGUUCCAGUACUGGUUAAAAAUGGACAAAAAUUGGUAUUUUUGAUUUUCAAAAGUAAUUUUAUCUAACUCUUUGUCUGAGAUACCCUUUCUGACAUUUGUGUGAGGGCUAAAUCCAAAAGGCUAUGUUUUAAAGUGCAUGUACGCAGUGAGUGUGGAAUGGAGACAAUCGCCGAAUGCUCCUCAAGUGGCGCCACGAGGUUGGGUCUGUGUUUUUUGUAUGUGCCAUGCAGCGACUGUGCUGAUUCUCAAAGUGGACCUGUCAGCAAAGCGAUCUUGCUCGUCUGGUCCAAAAUUCAUCCCGACUGUGCUGCCAAAGUCAAAAUGUGCACCGGCUGGGACACUGAUGGUUGAACAUUGUUGAGACAAAUCAAUCGCAGAAGUACGUCUUUGCUAAUUUCUAUGUAUUUGGAUGAAAUGAGCUAUUGCUUGCAACGGUUGACAUAGGCUUGCUUGUCAUUAGAUUAUUUUCAUACGGUUAGGGGUUUUCUAGCUUGUCCGCAGACAGAAUGAUGCUGUGGGGAAUAAAGCAUUGGACUGGAAUGUCUUUGAAGUGCUUGUGCUGCCAGAUGUUUUCGGUCCUUAUUCGUGUGCUGGCACUGUAACCUGUUUUGCAUUGCACAUCUUUACCCAGCCUUCCUUUCAUCGUGAUCCUCAAGAAAAAAAAAGGUGAUGACAGGACGCCGUCUAUGAAAUAACAGCGGCUCUGCAGGUUAUAAAUUAUACACAACAGAAGCGCACUGCAGAAAGCUGUGCUACACUGAGCAUAUGAGUGACUUGCACAGUAUUCAAAUGACCUUACACUGAGAAAUAUGCAGGACAGCCUUUUUAUUUAAU